GUCAGGAGGGGCAUUCCUGUUGUCAAUACCAUACACCAGAAGUCGAACAUGAGCUCGGUUGCCAUGGCAAAGACAGCGAACUCAGAGCGGCAAUUUUUCUUCAAAUGCUGUCAAUGUUUGGCCGCCCUCCACUCUUACGUUGUCAUUAUUUUCAACCAGGCGAGACCACACGAAGACGCGACUGGGGGCUAGACUCACAUCUCCCCGGGUGCCAGAAGCUUUGAGACUCCGCUCGAUCGCGGACUGAUUGUUGCUGGACUUCCCAACGGAGCCACAUGAAGCCGAGUUAUUUUUCGCUAUCAUUAAACAUCACUCUGCGGUUUUUCCCAUGAGAUUCGGUGAUGUAGACCAACUAACAUCCUGCCUAUUACCGAGAGCAUUUUGGAUCUAUCUGUGGCACUGGCGUACGUGUGCCGGCUUUGCUGCGUUCGGUGCGCCGGAUCCGUGCGGAAUAAUGUGAUCCGACAAUCGGCUUUGAGAAGCGAACCAUACCUACCGAUAUCCACGUAUUUUCACCUCUUUUGUCUUGAAACCCAGAAAACUUUUGGAAUCAAUUUUGCAGCAGGUCUCAAAGCUAAAGCCCACCAGCAUGACUUCCCUGGAGCCAGCCACCACCGACCCGCUCAACUCCUCUUCUUCCUCGUACGAUUACUACUACACCAGCGAACCGGGCCCGGAGACCAUCUUCGUCCCCGUACUCUGGUCCCUCAUCAUCGGCGUCGGUGUCAUCACCAACUGCCUCGUGGUCUACGUGGUGCUGUUCCAGAUGAAGAUGUCCACGGUCACCAACUACUACAUCGUGAACUUAGCUCUGACCGACAUCACCUUCUUGCUGUUCUGUGUGCCCUUCACCACCUUGACCUUUACUCUCUACGGGUUUCUGACGGAGGGCAUAUGCCGAUUCAUGGUGUACGUUCAACAGGCGUCUGUCCACGCUACCUGCAUGACGUUGACCGUUAUGAGCGCAGAUCGCUACUUCGCCAUCGUGUACCCGAUCAAAUCCAUGAGAUACAGAACCAGACGACUGUCGCUCGUCCUCAACCUCGGAGUCUGGAUAUUGUCUUACAUCAUGGCCGCGCCGGCCGCCAUCUUUGUCGGGGUCAGAAGUCACUGGUACUACGUGGACUACAAAUACUCCUGCGUGGAGACGUUCGACACCCACGCCACUAAAUCCGUGUACUACACGUACGUCUUUGUCACGACGUACAUCCUUCCGCUGGUCAUCAUCUGCGCCUGCUACUCGCUCCUGCUCCACGCGAUGUGGACCAAGCAACUCACGGCCAACACCAGCUUCCGCGCCCGCAAGAACCUCCAGCAGAAGAAGCGCACAACGCGCAUGCUCCUGGUGGUCGUGUUCCUGUUCUUCCUCUUCUGGCUGCCCACGCACGUUUUCAAUUGCUGGGACCGGUACGUCCCUGGCGGGGUGCCAUACCACAUCAACGCCGUGUACUACUUACGCAUCAUUGCGUACAGUUUAGCUUACUCCAACUCGUGCGUGAACCCGUUCGUCUACGCCUUCAUGGGCAACAACUUCCGGGCCAGCUUCAGGAAGGCAUUUCCUUGCUGCUUCCGGCGGCAGAUCGGGGCCCGGAACUCCACACGGAGGCUGCAGAGACGCGGGACCGAGGACGGGGGUACGAGGGUGACGGUCCUGGCUCCGAGGAUGGACGUUCAAAUGAACGUAAACAACAACAUGGCGCCCAUAGACCAGGCAGCAUUAUAAAACAAUGUGAAAUAAAAAAAAAUCAUAUUUUUCAUAAAAUAAGAGUCUUCAUGAACUCUGCAAAGAAUGACAUUUAAUGCGACAUUUGAAUAAUGGUCUGCAGUUUGAGGAGUCAGCACUUUGUUAGAGGCAUUAAGAAACCAUUCUUCAAUUGACUGCAGUAUCUUUAUGAUAAGGUGAAUGCCUACUGUUCUAUAAAAUCCAAUGGUGUAGCGAAAAAGUUCUCGUUUUUUACUGUGACGUCUAAGAAAUAGAAAGGUUUUGCCCUGAAAACUUUUCAGAAAGUUGCCUUUACAUGCCCGUGUUGAAAUUGUGUCGCACUCGAUGCGAGUUUGAUUUUGCUGCAGUGUUAUUGACGUGACAUUUUCUUCAGGCUGCACACAAUGAAUCUCAAAUUACGUUAAUAAAGGUUAAAAGAAGAUUGUGA